CAAAUACACAAAUACACCAUAAAUAAACGCUAUACAAAAGCAAACACAACACUGUGAUGAUGUACACAACAUUAUUAGGCUGAAUAAAACCAAACCCGCACAUUAGCGCAUUAAAUACUGUCAGAACGCCACCUCUGGUAGGAGCCGAGUGUGUUCGGGUUUAGGACGGAGCCCAAGUGUGUGUUUAAGAGAAAGUGUGUGUGAGCGUGUGUGCGUGUGAUAGACAGAGCGCGUGUGUGUGUGUGAGUGUGUGUGAGUGUGUGUGUUGCCUGUAUUCGGUCCGGUUUCAGGGUUUUUCCGCACUCGGAGUUCAUUAAUAUAAAAACUAAUCAGCCAUGAGUGAGUGUUUCUCUCUGCAGGACUGCGACGUGAUCGGCUUCGAUCUGGAUCACACACUGUGCCGGUACCAUCUGAAGGAGACCUGCAUGCUAAUAUAUGAGAGUUUUGCUCGAUACCUGGUGGAGCAUAAAGGCUACGAUAAAGAUCUGCUGCAUGUGACUCCAGACACCUGGGACUUCUGUUUUAAAGGCCUGGUGGUGGAUUUGGAGGAGGGAAACCUGAUCAAACUGGCCGAGGAUGGAACAGUGCUACGGGCGAGUCAUGGAACACGAAACCUGAGCACAGAGGAGAUCAUAAAGCACUAUGGCCCAAAAAGAGAAUGGAAACAUUUCAACAACCUCAACAGCACGUUCACACGAUCUGCUAAAUACUACUUUUAUGAUAACUACUUUGACCUCCCGGGAGCUCUGCUCUGUGCUCGGGUGGUGGACAUGCUGAAUAAGAAAGGAAAGGAAGUUACACCAGACUUUUGGAAGGACAUGGUGGCUGCCAUCGAUCACAACUACAAUACAUCUGCUUUCAGAGAGGACUCUGGGUGGUACUUCCCAAGUGUGAAGCGUGAUCCCGAGCGAUAUCUACAGUCAUGUCCUGAAUCAGUGUGUCAGUGGCUGAGGAACCUGAAAGAGAGUGGGAAAGUCCUGCUGCUCAUCACCAGCUCACACUCUGACUACUGCAGACUGGUGUGUGAACACAUCCUGGGGAAGGAUUUUGAGGAUCUUUUUGAUGUGAUCAUCACCAAUGCUCUGAAGCCAGGAUUCUUCUCUCUAAUACCACACCAGAGACCCUUCAGGACCCUUGUGAAUGAUGUGGAGAGUGGGACGGGGCUGUCCUGUGUGGAGAAGCGUGGUUGGUUCUCUCAGGGAAACUGGCCACACCUGCACAAUCUGCUCAAAUCUCUAACCAGCAAACAGCAGCCCAAGGUGGUGUAUUUCGGGGACAGUAUGCGCUCUGACAUGUUUCCAGCGUUCACUUUUGCGAAAUGGGAGACUGUUAUGAUACUCGAGGAGAUGGAGGCAGAGGGUAUGGCCACAGAGAAACACCAGAGCUCCACCUACAAUCAGAGCCCCGCCUACAAUCAGAGCCCCGCCUACAAUCAGAGCCCCGCCUACAAUCAGAGCUCCACCUACAAUCAGGGUCCUGCAGAGAAGAAGGGAAAGUUUGAGGAGUGUAUGAAGGCCCCCUCGGCUGUGUCUCAGCAGUGGGGCUCAUAUUUUGUGGACUUACAGACUGAUGAAGCUGGACAGGAACGUCACACACUGACGUGGUGCUGCAGCUGCAUCCACAAAUAUAGCAGUGUGGCUAUACCCAGUGUGGAGAGUAUAGCAGCUCUUCCUCUGAAUUUCCAGUUUAAGCGUUUCUCCGGGGCUCAGUCCUGCACGACGGGUUAUUACCCAUCACCCCCCCAUUCGGUACUGAAGAGGGCGGAGUCCUGAGCUAUCCAAUGGAGUGUGUGUGUGUUUGUGUGUAUAUGUAGUGUUACUGUUGAGUGUAACUGUAUAGUUGUCAUUUUUCAUUCACAGUGCCAGUAAACCACCAUACUGUAGACACACUGAAUGUGUAUGUGUGUGUGUGUGUGUGUGUGCUUGAUUUAUUCUAUUAUUCUGUGAAAACUGUGUUGUCCAUUACAUUAGAAUCAUUAAGUGUUAUAUUGUCUAAAGUGUUUUGUUAGUGUUGGUGUUUAUUUUCUAACUGAAGCAGUGUGUGUGUGUGUGUGUGUGUGUGUGUAAAGAUAAACAUCAAAUGUUGUGAAUUUUUGACCCCUUGCGGUGUUGUGAUCGUCAGUGGUGUGUGUUGGUUUGUUCAGCCACGUCUACAUAAACACAGGUGAAUAAAGGCGUUCUCAAACACA